CUGCUCUUGUCAAUUCGAUUACCAUAUACGAAAAACAACAGAAAUUGUGACCAAUUAAUCUUUUAUUAAUACUAAGUACAUUGAAACCAUUCACCGGAUUUCUCACUGCAUUGAAUUUAACUUAGGAAGAUAUACAAUCCUAUGAAGCAAAUCCGGGUGCUUAAUGGUGUUACACAUAAAAAGUAUUCCUGAGUUUUCAAAUCCUUUUAAUUCCAUAAAUUUUACAAGAAAUAACUUAAUUUGUCGAUAUUAUGGCCCCCAUCGUAUUACAUUGUUCAUGGAACCAGGAUCAACGUUUCCUCUCAGUUGGGACAGAAACGGGACUUCAAAUUUAUCAAUGCGAUCCAUUCACUUUACGCUUCUCGAAAGAAACAUACGGUGUUGCUCUAUGCGAAAUGCUUAAUCAAUCUUCGCUUGUUGCGCUUGUUCAGGUGUCGCCUGCAUCUACUCGAUUACUUAAGCUCGUUGAUAUAAAGAAAAAUGUUGAUCUUUGUAACAUGUUCUAUCCUACUCCGGUACUGAAUGCACAUCUCACUAUUACUCGUUUGGUUGUAGUCAUUAAGGGAACCAUCUAUGUUUACGCUCUAAAGAAUCUAAAUUUGAUUAACACUUUGGCAACAAUUUCUUCAAACAAAAUUGCGUUCUCUUCGAAUGAAUCGUUUAUUGCUUACAAUUCACCGCAAGUUCCAGGGCAUGUAUACUUGACUUCAUUGGAGACGGCGAUGCCCAUUACACUGCUAUACUGCCAUUCAAGUCCGGUACGAUGUAUUGAAUUCCACCCAGAUGGACAUGUAAUAGCCACAGCAUCCUCGAAAGGUACUGUCAUACGCAUUAUGUCAACAUCAACAGGGGAAAAGAUUUUGGAAUUGAGACGUGGCUAUUUGCCUGCAUCUGUAGUUUCGAUUGCUUUUCAUCCAAAAGAACCAUUUUUGGCUUGUGCCUCCGAAAAUGGGACUAUUCACAUCUUUAAAUUGUCAAAACAAAGCAUUUCCGAAACUAAUCAUUCUCCUGAUUCUUCAGUGAGUAGCUCAUCCAACUGGUCGAAAUUUCUGAAGUCCAAUGUCACUAAACCACUGGAAGCUGUAAAGGAGUUUGCUACAGCAAAGAUACCGGAGUCGUCAUUUUCCGGAAAGAUUGUCUUUUGUUCGUCAAAACCUCACGUACAGGUAAUCUCUUACAGUGGACAAUACUAUCGCUUUGUGGUUGAUUUUAAACAUGGUGGAAACUGUGCCAUGCUGGAAAAGUACAUACUUGAUGAAUAAAUUAUUACGGUUUACGGAGCGCUUAUUGGUAAUGAACUAAAUAUUCUUUACAAGCGGAUUUUUUAUAUGAAUAAUGAAUUGUCAUGAUACUAAUGUUUAUCUCUCCUUGUCUUAUUUAGACAUGUCUUAAAUGUCACGAUGAUUAUGUAGCUGUUGCAAGGAGUCGGGAAAUAUACAACACAUCGAAAUCAGAGGUUCGUUCAAUCUUUUUUUAGAACUGUAAAAUUGGCUUUUUAUCUGCAAACUUCCUUUUAGACUAUAUUACAUGAUGUGUCUCAAUUAUAAGACUAGGCAAAUAAUAUCACAGAUUAUAAGAAUUACGUGUACUAGUUUCCUAGUAUACACUGUCGGUUGGAAGCUUUGUUUAUUAAAUAAAGCAUGAAGAAGAACAAUUGAAUAAAUUAACAACGAGUUGCCAAACACUAUCAUAAGGUCAUAGGGGUAG